GUAAGAAUAGCAAACCCCUCGGGAAAAUCAAGUUUUAUCUUAAGUGUCUCUGACUGGAGAGGUUUGGGUUUUUUUCUUUUUUUUCUCGUGAAUGAGGAGAAAGUGCAUUUGCCAUAACGGUGGUCAUCCCGGGGAAAGCAAAACCUCACUUUCUGCCUCUCUUAGUGCACUCCUCUCUUCUUUUCCUCCUCAACACAUGGCUUGAGGCUGGACCGAGGCUGCAGCUCCACCCGCCCAGUCGUUACCAUGGCAACGCUAUCUGGGCCUACCAAGACCUGAAGCCGAAGGACAUCCUGGACAACAAUACAAUAGCAGCACAGCCAGGGUACCUGAGGGACUUAGACCUGUGAGGCGAGAUCUGGGGGGUUGCAGAUUGAGGGAGUAAAUCCUCCCUCUUUCUCUGCCUCCCUCACACACUCAACUCACAAACACAGUCAGGAUUAGCCUUUCGCUUGAGACUCUGAGAGGUAGAGGAACAAUACUUGGCAUUAAACAGUUUUGCGGAAACAAUUUUUGCAUAAGAAAUGUUUUCCGAUAGCUGUCUUGAGUGGAUACUUUGGCAGGCUAAGAAACAGGAUGUUAAUGCUUGACGGAAUGCCUGCAGUCCGAGUCAAAGCCGAGCCCCUGGAAUCGGAACAAGGGUCACCCAAAGUGCGCCCUUACACUGCGAUGGACGGCGUCCCCUUUUUCCUCAGCAGAGUUAAACCGGAACCUCCCGAAGACCUGCUCGCCCACGACCUGCACUUCCACACGCAGACCGAGCCCGUCGACCUGUCCAUCAACAAACCCCGCCCCUCCUCUUCAUCCGCCACCACGAUUUCAUCGUCAUCCCCCCUCAGGUCCGCCUUCUCCCCGUCUUCGUUAUCGUCGUCAUCCUCCUCCUCCUCCUCUCCAUCAGUUAUCACCUCAGCCUCGUCGGUGCUCACAUCGGGCCCUCUGGUUGCCCCGGGAACUGGGGUGAGAGGUCAGCCAUAUUUGCACAUCCUGCACUCUGUGCCUCCGCCUCCAUCCAGCCCUCUGAGCCUGCAGGGAGCCGGGAAGCUCGCCAGCCAUGUUCACCGCAUCCCAGUUGUGGUACAGUCACUGCCCCUCAUGUACACCACUGCCGUUCGAUCACCCUCCAGCCUCAACAAUGCCAUCAUGCUACCUCUGCUGGAUGAGGCCAAAAGCCAGGGCAAAGCACACAUAGACCCCAACGGCCUGUCGCCAAGGCAGAUCAAAAGUGACAGCGAUGACGAUGACCUGCCAAACGUGACCUUGGACAGUGUUAAUGAGACCGGCUCUACCGCGCUGUCUAUAGCCCGUGCUGUACAAGAUUCCAUGUCCCCGUUCAGUAUCGACAGCAUACGGCGUCCUCGGAGGUCGGAGUCACCGGAUUCCAAAAAGAGAAGAAUCCACAGAUGUGACUUUGAGGGGUGCAAUAAGGUGUACACCAAAAGCUCGCAUUUAAAAGCACACCGGAGGACGCAUACAGGUGAAAAGCCAUACAAGUGUACCUGGGACGGUUGCACCUGGAAGUUCGCCCGCUCUGAUGAGCUGACGAGGCAUUACAGGAAACACACAGGGGUGAAGCCCUUCAAGUGUGCAGACUGUGACCGCAGCUUCUCCAGAUCUGACCACUUGGCCCUGCACCGACGGAGACACAUGCUGGUGUGAAUCAGACGGAGCGCGAUGAAGAGAGAGAUUGAGAGGUCAACGAAAAGACACACACUCACAUGCAUACACAGACAGCCGGGGGAGCGGGAUCUCCCUGUGAAUGUUUUCAGCCGGCCUGGACGCGCACACACACACACACACACACACACACACACACUAUCACACUCACACCCACGUACAGACACAGACGCACACAUGCGCUCAUCCUUCAUAAGGAGAGAAGACGGAGACAGAGAAGACUGAUGGAUGAAGGUGCACAGAGCUUGAGGAGCACAAAACAGGGUCACUUCUGGAUCCUCUUUGGUUUGGAAUGAAGAGACGGCAGGAUCUUUUAUUGUCUUUGCUUGGAGUAUAAUAGGGAACUGUCUUUUACAGCACUGUUCGUAAAUGUUUCACUUUGAUUUUUAAGAUUAACUCUUUAUUUGGACAAAAAAAAAAGUAUAAUGCAAUUGCAACUGUGUCUUUUUUUUUUUGGGUGUCUUUCUUUUCAUUAUUGUUCCAAACGGCUGCUUUUCCAGCAUUCAUAAUGUGAAAGACCCCGUUGUAAGGAAUGGAUUUCCUGUGUGAGCAGGAAGAAGUUUGGCCUCGACUGGAUCACGGGAACGGACUUGGAUGUAGUUGAAGUUACAGGUAGUGUUUUUUCACCACGCCCCCCUGUGUGAGUCUGAUUUGUGACCAGCAGGGGGCACCAUUUAAUCACAAGUGGUUUCAUUUUCCUGCUGGCUUCUGCUCUUAGAUCUGAGGCAUCCCUUGUAGAAGCUAAAAGAAGGUCGGACUUUCACCUUUCUCAUCGCCUGCAAACUGUAAUCAAGAUAGACUCAAAUGCCCACAACCCGAAAAGAUCAACCUCAUCAGCACCUCCACUUUUUCAGCCAUUCAAUGCCUGUUUUCAUAAAUGGAAAUAGGACUUGCAUAUCAUCGCACCAGCACACACCAUUGAUGAUCCACUCACAUGGCCGGACAACUCCAAAUCUCAUCAGUGCUGUUCUUUAUGUUUAUGUUGAGCCUCUUCAAAGCAUUUAUUAGAAAAAGGAAAAAAAAAAUCUGGUGGAUUUUUAGCUGUGAUUAGCAAUCAGUAAAGUGCAAUCUUAAAGGAUAAAUAUACUUCAGUAUAAAAAUGUUUUGUUUAUUGGGUUUUUGCUUCUUUUUUAAUGCCUGCUUAUUGCUUAUGUUUGACUCAGAAAAUACAACCCCUCAUGUACAGUGAACUGAACAAUCAGAGGAGAUUUCCAGUAUGUGAAAAAAUAGAGGCACCUUACAGACUUUUACUGUGUCCUGACAUUUCUCAUUUAAAAAAAAAAAAAAAAGUCAUUCACCUCUGUCGUUUUUUUCAGCUGGGUUUAACAGAAAAAAAAGGAAUUUGUGUUGUGGUUUUGCACAGCACUGCAGCACUUGUCCAUAAAAUGACACUGACACCAGCUGAAGUGUUACAGGGAUAGUGUGGCACCUGGUGUACAAUACAGAAGAGCAAUACAUUCUGAACAAAGUGAUGAGAAGGAACAUUAAACCUCCUCUUUGUUCUGUUUGCUGAUGUCAAUAUCCGAGGAGAAGUUCCCAGCUUGGCCACCUCCUCACGCUCUGUACCACAACUCCCUCCGUUACUGACUGGUUUCUAAUCUGAUAUCUCCCAGCUGGUGAUUGUCUCCACAUGUAUUAUUUCUAUUCCUGUCGUUUGUCUCAAACACAAACAAAGUCACUUGAAAUCGCCUCAGACCAGAUAUAAGUUAUGAUUUAUAUCUGAUUUACCUGAGAUUUGGUCAUGUAAAAAGCUGAAAAAUGCAGGAAUUGCACACAUGCAUACACAAAUACAUGCACACUGUUUUUUUCCGUUCUUUUUUUCUGUGUGUGUGUUUGUAUUCACAGCAGGAGUACCUUUUAGAAGCAGUUUCCGGCAGAGAUAUAUUUAUUGGAAAGCAUCACUUAACCUUAAUCAGGAAAUUCAAUUAAAAAUAUAUUUUUAUAGACCUAACAACAGACAUUUUUGCAAGUAUUUCCAGCGCUCUUUAUGCUACGUAAAAGCUUCGGACAUAAAAUAUCAGGCCAACCAAUGUUAUUCGAUAAUGCUGCCAAAUGCAUCUAUUGGACCUAGGCCAGUAAAAAAGAAAAAUGUUAACCUUUUCGAUUACGGUACCUUGAAAUCCAUACACUUGCACGCUAAUGCACAAACUUGGAUUCCACAUUCUCACUUUCAGUAAAACAGCCAAAUCCAGGAAGCAAUUUCUGCACGGAAGCGUGCGACGCCCUUCUCGAUUUGUUGGAGAACGCAUGUUGUCAUUAUUUAUCUGUAUUGUUUGUGCACGACAUUAUGCCCAGUUGUAUUAGCAUUUUGGCAAAACCAUAUCAGCACCUUGUUUAUUUGUUUCGUAUAAUAUUCAAAUGAUUUUAUUUCAGAUGUCAAUUUAUAAGCGAGUAAUCAUCAUCGUAUUUUAUCAUCCUUAUAAUGUAUUAGAGCGUUUUUAUGAUUGAGGGGCACGUCUUCAUUUGCAUAUAAAUCUUUCUCUUCUGUACAAAGGACAUUUUGAAAUGUUGUAAUAUAUGUGAUAGUGAAGAUAAAACUUAUUACAAAGUUCUACAGCCUGUACAUACAUUGGAAAAAUAGGGCUUUUGAUUAGUAGAUGCAGGAAAUACAUUUAUACAUGUAAAGUCUUUUUUCAGAGACUGUAAUUUAUCUAAUUUGAUAUACAGUGAAAUGGGGCUAAUGGUAUUCAUCAUGUAAAUGAUCAUAUGUGAUGUUAUAGAACAGAUUGCUUUUUAUUUUCUCUUUGGUUUGUGGUUAAACACAUUCAUGAUCAAAUCAUUUUUUUUUUCAGUUCCCGAGGCUGAACCAGUGUUUGCUAGAAUCGACCAAUUAUUUAUACACAGUAUUAAGGUACACAAUUCCCUGUGUUGCUGUUUUGCUAUACCCGACAAGAAAUUCUACCGAUCAAGCACAUAUCAGCGACACAUGUACUCCUGUAUUCAGUAUAUGACGUUGCAUGCCUUAAUACACCAAUUUCUGAAAAUCUCAAUUUGACUUGAAGAUGGUGUCUCCAUAGGACAGGGUGUAUUGUAUUUCCCUUCAGCAUCUCUUUCCUCAUAUUUUAAAGCAUAAUUUUGUUACGGUAACCAGGGUCAAAGUUAUGCAAUAAUAAUAAUGAAUAGUGCCUCAUAUCACAAACUUGUAAUAUCAGCUGCUCUGUGCAGAGCUUCGAUUUCAGCACGCGUGCUUGGAUUAAUAAAUUUCAAACGAGAAAACCACGAAUUCUGGGGGAAAAAACAAGAAGCACAGACAACAUUAUGCAAGUCGGACCUCUAAUGUUGAACUUUCUUUUCGCACUGAGCCUUAUACCAUUGUGUACAAUGCAGCAUCUUCCCAUAACACUUUCACAGGCUGUUUAUAGCACACAUUAUUACUUUGCUUGCAAUAAGUCACUUCCUCUAAGGGUAACAAAACCGAGUUACAAAGGUCUCUUGGUGUUUCAGCUUCAACACAUCAAUUCAACAUAGUGAUUCCAUGGAAGAUGAUGAGGAAUCAUACUCACAGGAAAAAAGAAAAAAAAAAAAGAAAGGAAAAAAUAUCCUGUGGCUGGGAUUCCAGCAGUCACACCUCUCUUAAUGAAUACUUAUCUUGCGGUUUCUGUAAGUUCAAUAUAUAUUUUACUUUCUGUAUAACAUCUGCUUUUGAUUUUCCUGGUUUUGAAAAUUUAGGUAGUGAAGCCAAUGCCUUUGUUUCAAGUUUGCUGAUAUUACGUACAGUAAUCGUUGUUCCUGUAUUUAUGUAAAGUGAGUGUAGUGUAAAUAUAUUCAGAUCUUUUCAUUCUUACCGUAAAGAAAAAUGUGAUAUUGCUCAACAUCGCUUCAAAAAGGGAGAUUCUGCUCAUGGAAUUCCACAUCUGUAACAGAAAUUUUUAAUCCUGAUAUUUUUCAAAACUUCAACAACAGAUGUACUCUUUUUUUUUCUCCUUUUUUUUGUUUCCUUUUCUCCGAGAGUUGUUUAAGUAUCCAGUCAGUGUUUUUGCCUUUUUCUCUGUAUUUUUCAUAUGGAUGGAGCUGUGAAAUUAAAAUAAGUUCAAACAUAUACAUGUAUAUUAAUAUGAAUGGAGGCAUGAAGGUUAAUAAAGUUGCAUUUUGUAUGUAACAGAC